AUGCUGCUCGUAUUGGUGAUCCCUGUUCCAGAAGGAAUAUUUCCAACUCCCAACCUGUCACACUCAACCUCGCCGUCCAGCAAUCUCAAACCAAGCAAAGCGGGAAUCCGAUCAAUCGAAAAGAAACCUGUCGAUCUUGUUGGGCCAGCUACCUCAAGUUGCACCGGAUUACCUCAUGAACAACCUUUGACUGACCCACAAUCUUUCGCUUGGGCAAACGAGAUGGCCUCCUCUGAGACUGAGCGUCAAUCAACAUCUAAGAAGCGAACACCAGUACCACAACCCGUCAAGAACAGCUCCAACAACAUUGCUAAGCAUCAGAAGAAGGUUACUUUCAUCCACGCCUCACCUUCUCAGUCUACUGACACAUCUGUGAAGUGCAUACCAACUUCGGAAAUCGGUGAUGCUGAUGAUAGACAAACAGAAUUCUACCCACUUGAAAACUCGUACACCACCAAACUUACAAGCACUUCAUCCCCCAUCCCCAAAUCCGGCCAACCGUACAUCAAUGCAGCUCUGUUAUCUCAUCGCCAUAAAAAACACCAUACCCCUCCAAUGUCGCCAAAACCUUCUUCUGAAAUCCAAUCAAAUACUUUAAUAAGCUUGACCACCGAUGAAGAUUUUACGUCACAAGAAAGAAAGAUACCUCAACCUCGCGACUUGAUGGAGUUCUCCGACCUUGAUUUGUUUGAGACCGAAAAUACAUUGGUUGGACGAGACAUACCGCCCAUUACCAAUACUCCACAAAUGGUUUCUGGGGUCGAUAUUUUUCUUUUGGAGAGACAACGCGAAGAAAAAGUAUCAUAUGGUCAAUACUCAUACAUUGUUUGA